CUGAGAAUGUUUACAAACAAAAUCUUUUCCAACUUACCUAAAUAGUUAAAGAAUAUUUUGUAAUUUCUGAAUCUGUUUUUAAAAUUUGACUACAUAUUUGUGAAAAUGUCGAAAAGAAAUGUAGCUUUCAUCAAGCCUGAAGAGCCUAACUUCCUAAAACGUAUUAAACAACAAAUUGGAUACAAAGAACCCGACACAAUUGAAACGAAGCGUGCAGCAGUGGACAACUUUAGUGAUGACGAGGAAGAUUAUCAAGAGAAAGAUGACGAAAAGCCAUUAGUUGUACAAAUUAAGGAAGGUGACUUGACCGAAGAAGAAGCUGCGAGACUUGCAAAAGAGGAAUCUGAGAAACCCGCUGAUCUGAAUCAAAGAAUUGUCUUUAAAAGGAAGAAGAAGGAUGAAGUCGAUGAGUCAUCAAAGGAUGUCGAUGGAAGCUCAACGGAAAAACACAAAAAUUCUAAGAAAGUUAAAGAAAAAAGACAAAAGCCUGUUAAGAAUUUAUUGUCAUUUGAAGACGACAAUGACGAUGAUGAAGGAUGAAAACUUUUCUUACAUUGAUUAUUUUUAUGUUUAUUUCAUUAUUAAGUAUGUCCAUGAAAUUUAUGAGAAAUAAAUUAUUCAGUCUAAUCUUAAAA